GAUCCAACGGCCGGAACUGAACUUGUUAAAAAAAAUUCAGAACCAAAAAACAUGACUCGGAACGAUUCCCAACAUCCCGACUCACUGAGUCACCAUCAUCUCCUUCUCAACCCUUCUUUUCCAUCCUCCCUCUCCCUCCAUCUCUGUCUAUCUCUACACGCUGGACAUACGUUUUCUUCUCUUUCUAUCUCCCUGUGCCCUUUUCCGUCUUUUUGUUCUCUCAACCUCUUCUCUCAUCAGACGGACUACAUAAUUCCACGUCACCAUCGUCUUCUUCACCACCCCUGUCAACUUCUUCUCUCAUUACAGCCCCCUCUCACUUUCUUUCCUUGUUAUAUACAAUAAGCGUCUCUCUCCUAGGGUUUCAUAGAUUCUAGGAAACAACGCGUCCUCUUGCUCCUCGCCAUCGAUGCCUUCGCCAAGUAAUCUUCCAUGCGUCGAUUUCCGUGCUUCAAUUUGAUUAAUAUAUUCGGAGAAGUCCAGUGAGGGUUUUCAUUCCUUAUUUGGUACGGAAGUUACUAUUGGAGCUGUAGUUGUGAUUGUCGUUGUGUGGAGGGUGAUUUAGUUUGCUUAUGAGUCAUGGCAAUUGAGAAGAAUAAUUUCAAGGUUUCAAGAUUUGAUUCGGAGUUCUCUGCUGGUAGUAGAGAGUCCAUUUCCAGUGAUGAGGAUGAACUUCAAGGUCGAAGUUCUGCUAUUGAAUCAGAUGACGACGAUGAUGAUUUUGACGAUGCUGAUUCUGGGGCAGGGUCGGAUGACUUUGAUUUGUUAGAAUUGGGUGAGACCGGGGCAGAAUUUUGCCAAAUUGGGAAUUUGACUUGCAGUGUGCCCUUUGACCUGUAUGAUCUUCUGGGCCUGGAGGACAUUUUGUCUGUUGAUGUUUGGAAUGAGUGCUUGAGUGAGGAGGAAAGAUUUAGCCUUACCAAGUACUUACCUGACCUGGAUCAGGAGAUGUAUAUGUGUACCCUGAAGGAGCUUUUUACGGGUGGCAAUUUUCACUUUGGAAGUCCUGUUAAGAAGUUGUUUGAUAUGUUGAAGGGAGGACUGUGCGAGCCAAGGGUCACCCUUUAUAGGGAGGGUUUUAAUUUCUUUCAGAAACGGCAACACUACCAUCUUUUGAGGAACCAUCAGAAUAACAUGGUUAGUUACUUGUGUCAGAUGAGAGAUGCCUGGCUUACUUGCAAGGGGUAUAGUAUUGAUGAGAAGGUCCGUGUUUUGAAUAUUAUGAGGAGUCAAAAGAGUUUGAUGUAUGAGAAAAUGGAGUUUCUGGAGGCUGAUUCUUCUGGAAAAGAGGAAUCUGGUGCUGUGUUGUGGAGCAAGAGGGUUAAAGACAGGAGAGGUGGGCAGAAGUUGGGUCAUCAUCCUUCGUAUGAGGGUUCAAAUCUGGAAUUCCCCUUGCGAGGACAGCCAGUGGCUCUUGAAGCCUCAAAACAUGGAAAGCAGAAUCCAAAAGGUACACCGAAGUUGGCCAGGUCAAAGACGACUUCAAGAAAGGAGCUCAUGGACCACUAUCCUCGUAUUAUCCCUGGAUUGGAUAUUAAUUCUGGGCCAUAUGGCUCAGCAGCUACCAUUCCUGGACAGAAUAAAGCAUUAGGGUAUAAUUCAGGGUCAGCCCCUAGGAUGAGGGAGCAGCUGGGGAUUGAUGAUGAUGCUCAAGACCCUUUGGGUGGAGGGAAUGUCACACGAGAUCGAGAUGUUGCACGUGGUAGUUUGAUAGAUAGUUCAAAGUUUAUGAGAGUGGGAAAGAAGCGUGAUCUAUUGAGAAGUGAUGAAUUAGCCACUGACAGCUUCAUGGCUCUCCCUUUCUCUUCCAGGAAUGAUUCACAUGCCCAUGGUAGGAACAAGAAUGCAAACCAUCAGUCCGAGAUGACAUUGUUCUCAGGAAAGCAACCCCAUAUGAGAUAUUCUUAUGAUCUUGCCAAAAAGGCAAAGUAUCCUGAGAAAGUUCAGCAAUUUGCUGUUGGUGAUCAAAUGAGGAGUCUGAAAGGCCGAUCUCCGCAUCUUGCCGAACAUUUUUUGCAUGACCAAAACCAAGGAGAAACGUGUUCUGCUGAUUCCUCAUUCAAACUGGAUGAUUGGAAUGUUAAAAGCAAGAAAGGGAAGAUGGGAAGGGAGUCUCCUGAUCUCAACUUUAAAUCUUAUUCUGAGUUCAGAGCAAAAUCAGUUGAGGAGAAGAUGAGAGGAAACCUUGUACAGAAUGGCGGACCAGCAUUGAGAGGUAACAGAAUGUUUGUGGGUGAAGAGACAGAAUCAGAGUCAUCUGAGCAAUUGAAUGACGUUGAUGAUGAUUUCAUUAAUCCUAUGAUGGGGAGCAGUUACCCUAUGGAAUGUUCUUUAUCAUCUAUGUCAAAGUCUGUCUUUGAUUCUAAAAAGGGUAAAUUAACUAAAGCCAACUUGCAGGAGAAUGCACAGCCUCUUGAUGGGGCCACUCGCUUCACCAAAAAGAAGGUUGGCUUCAGUGAGCUUGGGCAUAUGUCGGGAACCAAAAACUACUUUUCAAAAGCAAAACAGAAGGGUAAGAUUCGUGAUAGCAGCACCAAGCAUAAUUCUGCUGCUAGAGUUCUGGAAGGCAACUUGGCUUCUAGCUUGGAUAAAUCCACGGAUGAUUUUGGUAGGAAAUACAAGCACAAAGUGGGCAAGAAUGGCCAGGUACGAGGGGAUUCUGGUGCUGGUUUACACAUGUCAUCAUUAAAGCCGUCUCCUCCGGAGAGAAGAUCGAAAGGGGAGUUCUUUCAUGGUCCUGUUGAGGAGGAGGAUGAUUCACUUGAACAGUUAUUGACAGAUGAUAGAAAACUGAAUAGAAUGGGGAAGAAAGAGCAUAGCAUUCAAAGUCACGCAGAUGAUCGAUUAGCAAAAUCCGAGGCCUCAUUACUGGGGUGCAACUCAGUGACCAAAAAACGAAAAGCAAAGGGGGAAAUGGCAGAACUGGAUGGAAGAGGCGGCGUUGGUAAUAUGCAGGCUAAUCUUCAUCCUCAAUUUGAUAACUUCACUUUGAUGAAGAAAAAGGGGAAAAGGAAAUCAGAGAUUGAACUUGGUGCAAUGGAUAUGACACCUUCUGAGGCCCCUCCUACAGAAAUGGGAAUGAUGGAAGUUGAACUGGAAACCAAACCUCAGAAAAAACCUUAUACUCCAAUUACGCCCACAUUUCAUUCUGGCUUCUCAUUCUCCAUUAUACAUCUUCUUUCGGCAAUCCGCUUGGCAAUGAUUACCCCACUUCCAGAAGAUUCGUUAGAGGUUGGAAAAGUUGGGGAUGAGCAGAACAGAAAACAUGAAAGCAGUUCGAAUGGGAUUAUUUCUCAAGAGAACCUGAUUGUCGGUAAGUCAGACAGUACUGGGCAAUCAAAUGCCCCUUCUCUUAUUAUUCAUGAGAUUGAAAACCGUGUAAGAUUAAACCCAGGAGAUCCUUGUAUUCUUGAAACACAAGAGCCUCUUCAGGAUUUAGUUAGAGGAGUUCUGAAGAUAUUUUCAUCCAAAACAGCACCCUUAGGAGCAAAGGGUUGGAAGGCACUUGUAGUCUAUGAGAAAUCUACAAAAAGUUGGUCUUGGAUUGGUCCAGUUUUGCAUAGUUCUUCUGAUCAUGACUCUGUUGAAGAGGUAACCUCUCCUGAAGCUUGGGGUCUUCCUCACAAAAUGCUUGUAAAGUUGGUUGAUACAUCUGCUAAUUGGCUCAAAAGCGGUCAAGAGACCCUUCAACAAAUUGGGAGUCUUCCUGCUCCUCCAUUAUCAUUAAUGCAGUGUAACCUGGAUGAGCAAGAAAGGUUUAGGGAUGUAAGAGCUCAGAAGAGUCAAAACACAAUCAGCCCAAGUUCUGAAGAAGUGAGGGCUUAUUUCCGUAAAGAGGAAUUUCUAAGGUACUCAAUUCCUGACAGGGCUUUUUCUUACACUGCUGCUGAUGGUAAGAAGUCUAUUGUUGCUCCAUUGAGAAGAUGUGGUGGUAAGCCAACUUCAAAAGCCCGAGAUCAUUUUAUGCUGAAACGAGAUCGGCCACCACAUGUUACCAUUCUUUGUCUUGUGAGAGAUGCGGCUGCCAGAUUGCCUGGAAGUAUUGGUACUAGGGCAGAUGUUUGUACCUUGAUAAGAGAUUCUCAGUAUAUUGUUGAAGAUGUUUCUGAUGCACAAGUGAAUCAAGUUGUUAGUGGGGCCUUGGAUCGUUUGCAUUAUGAACGUGAUCCUUGUGUGCAAUAUGAUUCGGAAAGGAAAUUAUGGGUUUAUUUGCACAGAGAAAGAGAAGAAGAAGAUUUCGAAGAUGAUGGUACAUCAUCAACAAAGAAAUGGAAGAGACAGAAAAAGGAUCCUGCUGACCAACAUGAUCAGACAACAGUAACAGUUGCUUAUCAUGGUGCUGGUGAUCAAUCAGGAUUCGACAUGGGUUUUGAUCACAAUGUUGAGCCGUGCAUCGAUGAUGAUAAAGGAGUAGAUGCUUUUAAUGAUGUGAGACAAAUUGUUGAGGACAAUGUUGAUACUGGUCAAGGGUCUCAGCCAGGUAACCUGCAUCAAGGCCAGCCAAUAAUCUGGGAGGGAAUAAACUUAAAUCCAACUCGUGAGGACAAAUUACUAUGUCAAGAAAAUUCUACAAAUGAAGAUUUUGAUGAUGAAACUUUUGGAAGAGAAAGGCCAGUUGAACUUUUAAGUACCAGCUUAUUGUGAGGAUUCAGGCGCAAUGUCCAGCUACGUCAGAAAGCAGGAAUUAUUCUUCUUCAAGUUGUGUGCCACACAGAAAGGUUACUUGUACAUUUGACUGAGUAUAGGAUGAUAUUAAAGGCCAAAAUUUUGUGAGUCUAGCCAAAUUGAUGCUUCAAAUUAGACAAUAAUUAUUGACAAUUAUUUACUCAGUAUUCACAUAUCUGAUUGCUCCUGA